GACCUGAGUAAAGUUAAAAGUCUUGAAAUAAAAGUCAAUUCAGAAGAAGCUGGCUUAAAUAACUUCGGGGUUUACGUGCCUAAUCUAGAAACUUUAAAACUUGUAAAAAGCAAAAUACACGUUUUGAGAGAUUUAGGAAGUUCUCUGAAAAAACUGCGAAUCUUAUACAUGCCAAGGUGUGAAUUGAGAGAUUUAGAUGGUAUCACCUCAUUCGUAUCAAUCAGCCAAUUGUAUCUAGCCUACAAUGAUAUAACAGAUAUCAGCUCCUUCAGUUUACUGGAUAAUCUUAGUGUACUCGACCUCGAAGGGAACAAUAUAAACGAUAUAUACCAGCUAUCUUUCUUGAGUUUUUGUUACAAGAUGACGACGCUAACAUUGGAAGGCAAUCCUAUUUGCAUCUCGCCAAAUAGGGAAAGAACAGCCGAUGUAGGCAUUUUGUACUACUUAUGCAUGGUGUAUAUUAAAAAUAUUUUUUGCCACAGUUAUUACUUUUAUUAG